CGGCUCCGGUCCGUCUUUGUCGCGACCUACCUCCCGGAUUCCGGCCGCCUUCUCGGCGCUUCAUCUGAGGUACUCGAUCGAACUCAUAGUUCCUGUCCCGGCAAUUUGACGCAGGCGAUUCAGCGCGAAACUGGCGGUUCGUGCCGCGGUGGUCGGGGGCGAGCAUCGGAGCCAUGACCCAGGUCCAGAGCAGGUCCGUUCUGGCGCAGAUCCAGAGCGCGGGGAGCUUCGCAGAGCAGGCUAGCGGCCUGCGAGCGUUGAGGGACGAGAUCAUCGGCCACGUCCAGCGGAAAGAGCGAUGGAUCCGGCAGGGCGUCUUGGAGUUGCUCGUCGGGAUCCUCCAAACCAGUGGCCAGACAGCGUCGUCGCCGUUCGGUGGCAAGGAGCGCAGUCAAGCAGGGCAGUGGGCGGGCCCUCUUCCGGAUCAUGAAGCGGUGCGGUUACUUUCGCUGCAGCUCCUAGCCAGCUUCGCACAUGGCGGCGCCGCGUUCCUCGGCGCCCUUCAAGCCGUCGGCGUGAUCCCGGCCGUCCUGUCGGCAUUAUCUCCUCUCGAUAACCAUCCCCAAGUCGUCCUGGCCGCCUUGCGAGUCUUAAGGAACCUCACAACUGCCGCUCGCCUUGCACCCUCUGGCACAGACAGCACGAGCGGCUUGUCGGACUCCCUGUUCACUCCCCACACCCUCGAUGCAUUCUACGCUAUUCUCUCCCAGGGCUCGACCGAUGCCGUAGUACAAGAGCAGAAACGCCUGGUGGCGAGCCUGGUUAGCCAGCUCUGCAAGGGCCCUCUACACCAAAAUGCGCUGGCCGAGUCGGGCGUCCUGGAUGCGCUAGCUACGAUGCUGGCUAGCUUCGUCGUCGCGAGAGGCGAAGUUGUGCCAGGGGCCGAGGUGCUCGGACGAAGCGACGGUCUGGCUGGCCAAAUACCAGCUCCCGCACCCGCCGGCGCUGACUUGGCUCUGGUACUUGAAGCCCUGUCUACAAUUGUCGCCGAUUCCCGUUUCCGCUCCUGUUUGCUGCUGUGUUCGCCAGCAAUCAUGGCCGUGCUGCCGUCGGCCGAGUUCACGCCGCCGGCAACAGAGUCGAGGGCAGCUUGGAAUGCGCUAGAGAUGAACGGCUUCGGCGAUAUUCGAGCCCGAAAUCCUGGGGCGAUAGACUACCUGCUCCCGGCCGUGCCUGUUCCACAAUCCAGAUCUCAAGGGAGCCGGUUCGCCGAGUAUCCGCCGCUGGGGUUUUCCCUGUCCCGCGAGAGCCUUGCAGCUGGCGGGCGGCCGUCCACCUUCAAGUUCACGGGUUGGGACCCCAGCCGGCUCGAUCCCCCCGGCGAGGAUGCGGAGGUUGACGAGCAAGAGAGCCCUCUUAUUCCGUGGCUGAUUCAUCUCGUCCGGUCGACGGACGGCCUGGAGAGAGUCAUGGCCGCCUCCCUCGUGACCUCGCUGUUCAAGGCCGGUUUUGCGAACCCGGAGCGCGAACAGGCACUCGCUGUGCUCGUUGUCCCGCUGCUCUGCCAACUGAUCAAGGAGCACGACAAGGAAAUACCCUCGUCUGUCCAGCAGGCCGCCUCCGUCGACUCCGACACAGCCAGGCGCUGGGCGAUCCAGGAGCGGGCGGCAGAGGUCUUGGCUCGGCUCGUGGGUGAGAGCGAGACCCUUCAGAAGGCUGCCCACGAAUGCGGCGUCAUCAAACUGGCGGCCAAGCUGCUAAAGGACUCGUACGAUCCGCAGCCGGUGCAGACCCCUCCGCGCCCGUGGACACCCACGCAGCAUCCGGGCGCCGACGACGAAGAAGGGCCGCCUACCUGCCGAGUCGGACCGCCCGGCCACGUUCCAGCGUACGCCCACGUCAUCAGGAUGAGGGAGUGCUCGUUGAAACUCGUGGCCGGGAUGGCCACGCUCAGCAAUGACUACCGAGAAGCGCUCGUCAAGAACGACGUCGUAGCGUACAUUGCCGAGUCUCUAUCGCCGUGUCCCGAAAAGCCCAAGAACGGCAAAGACAGAGCGACGUCGGAGAAGGCCGCUGAGAACGGGGCGGCCGGGGACACCUCACCGUAUGGGCGAAACCCCAGUUCGGUCAUCAUGGCAGCGUGUCACGCCGUGCGAGUGCUGGCGCGACGACCGAGCAUCCUGCGGACUUCUCUGACGGACCAUGGUGUCGCCAUGCCCAUUUACAGACUGCUGCGACAUGCCGAUCCAGAGGUCCAGAUUGCAGCAUCCAGCGCGGUCAUCAACCUGGUGACGAAUUGCAGCCCCAUGGUGGAGCCCCUUCUCGAGGCCGGCAUCGUCAAGACGCUGUGCGACCACGCACACUCGCUCAACCCCGGCCUGAGACUCAACGCGCUGUGGGCGCUCAAGCACCUGGUGACUGGUCUGGAGAACGACCUCAGGAAGCAGUGUCUGGAAGAGCUUGAGCCCGGCAGGCUGGUGCAGCUCAUAAGCGACGACGCGUCAGAGGAAGAGAUUCUACAGGCGCGCACGCGCGCGGAGCGGCGGGCCACCGACGCCUUGGCCGCCGACGACGACGAGGACGAAGACAUGGAUACGGACACGCUCUACGGAGACGACGCGCAUCGGGCGUGGAGCUGGCCGGCGCUGGACCGGCUCACGUCGUCGGCGCCGACGGCAGCCCUGCGGGCGGCCCUGGCGUCGUCCGGCCGCCUCCAGCAGGCCUACGCCAAGCUCUCGGCGCUGCGCGACGCGGAGCUCAACCCGGCGCGCAAGUCGCGCAGCGACAGCCUGGCGAUCCAGGAGCAAGGGCUCGGCCUGAUCCGCAACCUGAUCAUGUCGCCGAACGUGCCGGCGCAGACGGACAUGGUGGACUACCUGUUCAGCGAGCUGGGGCAGGACCGGCUGUUCGGCAUCCUGGCCGACAAGCUCAAGGUGCGGGUGGUCGGGGCGCUCGGGCGGCGGGCGUCGCGGGGGCGCGACACGCUGGUGCUGUACCCGCAGGCGCGCGUGGUGGAGAACCUGGCGUACGUGCUGGUGCACAUCGCGGCGGGCCUGCCGCGGCACCGCCAGCUCGUCGUCGCCCAGACCGACCUGCUCAAGCUGCUCGGCGGCCACCUGAGCAGCAAGGACGCCGGCGUGCGCAAGGCCAUCUGCCAGCUCUUCAUGAACCUCAGCUGGAUGGAGAGCGACACCGACCGCGGCCCUUGGUCCCAGCGCGCCCUCGAGCUCGAGCGCAUGGGCUUCCUCGCCAAGCUCGAGGGCCUCGAGCAGGGCGACGCCGACAUGGGCGUGCGCGAGCGGGCCAAGGCCGCCGUCGCGCAGAUGAAGGCGCCGACGGCGUGAGGGGGCGGGGCUUGUUUGG